AUGGCGAGAACAUUGGCUGAUACGACAAGGAGUCGAAACUGGAGCGAUGGGAAUCCCUGGGCCUGGGACUCCGCCCUGGAAGAAGAGCCCUGGGCAAUAGAAGAGGCUGUCGAUGGGGAGCGGGCGGGUAAUAGCGGCAGCGGUGGUGGUGUACAGAAUCUGAUUGCCGAAGACUCUAUCCCAUCUUGGCACCAUCUGAGGCACAUGCCGCCCAUAAAGGCGGUGGCUGUAUUUGACACUAGAUCGAGUGAGAUGCUCAUUAUCGGCCGGGGGUUCCGGAUCGAACGUAACGCAUCUCUACCUAGGAGAGGAGAUGGAGGUGAAAUACUUUCACCUAGCAUUGCACUAGACAGUGAUCAAUGUAUGUACUUACCUAUCUGGUUAUGUUUUGCUCGCGUCCUCGCCUUUUUUAGCGAAAAAUGA